AUGUUGUCAAGGUCUUCAGUGUCAGGGGCCAGUCGGUCCCAAUCGUGCGAAUUGUUUCGCACCUUCACCUGCCCUUCUGCGGCGCGACAGCUCCGCGGAGGUGCCAGUCGCUUGACGCCAACGCAAAAACGCACACUUGUGCAAAAGGCACCGCGUCUGGUGGCAUCAAGAACCCUUGCGAAUCGAACAAACUCCUCCGAAUAUGCGACUUCGAAAUGCCAACCUCAGCGGAGGUUUGUGUCAGGCCCAGCAUCCGCCGAGUCGCCUCAACCCAGUGAACCUAUCGAAGCGGACGACCUCAAUAUCCUGAUUGAUCGGAUCAGCGCAAAUGAGGCCGAAAUGGUAGCAAUCCUUGAAGAGCUGGAACUAAUGGACGACGAGGGCGAUGCGGACGAGCUCAUUGAGUUGCUUGGCCAAAGAGACCAGCACACAGCCGAGUCAUGGGUACACACAAUAAAGCAGCGGUUUGGAGAUGAGAUCCCAGGAGGACUUUUGGACGAUGCAGAGCUUCAAAUCUACGCCCGCCUCUACGGCGAACCGAUCUUCCAACAAGAACCUGAGUUGAUGGUUGAGGAAGAGGACGAAGAUACGAGCUUGCUCCGCGAAGAUGGACAAGGAGGAUGGGAAGAAGUGGAGUUAAGCGAGGAGGUCAUCGCCGAAGAUGCUGUCCCCGUUGCGUAUGACAUGGACAGUCCACCAGAGGAGCGGGAAACAAUCGCUAUGCAGCGGACGAGAGAAGUGGCCGAGCAGCUGGGCGGCGAGAUCAUGCUUGAAGAGUUCGAGAACGAAGCAGUCCCCGACUCUGCGCCGCGGAUGCACCCAAAUACCCUCGAGGGAAAGUUUGGGACAGAUCCCACCACUAUUCACUUGCCCAAGAACACCCUCACCGGUCCCAUAUCCGUCAUUCUGUCGAAUUUCUCCAACAAGCACAUUUCCGAGACCGCUCAACGUCUGUUUGGAGGGCCCGGCCUACCCCAUUCGACGACAACGGCGCCUCCGCGGGCCGAACUACCCCAGCUUCCCAUCCCCCUUCAUGCCUCACAACGCCAUAUGGGAGAGAUGGAGGCAAACGCAUUCAUAGCAGCAUUGUACCCUGGAAUCUACGCAUCAACCCUCAGCGUGAUGGUUGAGAUUCGGAAGCGUCUUGGUUCCGAUUGGAUCCGUAGUCUGAUCUCGCAGGAGGGUGGACCAAAUGUUCUGGACGCGAGCGGUGGCGGCGCCGGCAUUCUGGCUUGGAGAGAUAUUGUUCGCACGGAAUGGGAGCUCAUGGUUCCCGAUCAUCCCGAGGGAGAACCCAUUCCCUUUGGAAGGGCAGCCGUGCUAACAGGCUCCGAUGCUCUUCGUUUGCGCGCUUCCAUAUUGCUGGAAAACACCAGCUUCCUCCCCCGGCUUCCUGAUUACGUUCAUGUGCGUGAGAAACCCACACUCGAGGACUCGCGCAAAGCGCCCAAACGCAAGCAGUACGAUGUUAUCAUCGCACCGCAUUCUCUUCUCGGCUUUGAGGAAGAAUAUGAGCGCAAGCAACAUGUGGAAAACCUGUGGUCUCUUCUGAACCCCAACGGGGGCGUUCUCAUCUUGCUCGAGAAAGGCCGCCAAAAGGGCUUCGAGGCUAUUUCUGGUGCUCGUGAAAUGCUCUUGAAGCGCCAUAUCGCAAGCCCCGGCUCUACUGAAUAUGACAACUUCCUUGAAGACCCUGAUCAACGCGAGGUCAUUGAGAAGGAGCGAGGAAUGAUCAUCGCCCCCUGCACCAACCAUUCCACCUGUCCGAUGCACAACUCCUCUGGCGCAACCAAGGGCCGCAGGGACUACUGUAGCUUCCAGCAGCGGUACAUCCGUCCUCCAUUCCUGCAGCGCAUCAUGGGAGCAAAGGACCGCAACCACGAAGAUCUCAAAUUCAGCUACCUCGCCGUGCAGCGCGGUGUGGAUCUUCGACAGGAGCAGGCUAUCCGUCAAACCGCCGAAGCCACCGAUGCCGCUUUCGAAGGAUUUGAACAUGAGGAUCCCGGGGAGUCCGAGAUCGCCAACAAACCAUCUUUCCACCCUCUCUCCCUUCCCCGUGCAGUGUUCCCGCCCAUGAAGCGCCGCGGUCACGUCAUCCUUGAUCUUUGCACUCCCGCCGGCAAGAUUGAGCGCUGGACUGUCCCGCGCUCCUACAGCCGCCAGGCCUACCGCGAUGCCCGCAAAUCCUACUGGGGAGACCUGUGGGCUCUGGGAGCAAAGACUCGUAUCCCGCGCAACCUGAACCUUGGUGACAAGCAUGGUGAGGGCAAGAAGGAACGUCUGGCUCGUCGUGCGGCUAAGGCCGAGGAAGAGGCUGAGAUGGAGAAUGAGGGUGAAGAGGAUGAAGAAGACUACACAGUUUCGGAUAUCCCCGUAGCCCCCAUGAGGAAGAGAGGCCAGCAUAUCCCCAGCUGGAAGAAACAUAAUGACAAGAAGAAGCUUCGUCAGGCUCACAACAAGCGUGAUGUAGAUUAA